AUGGCCACACCCGGUGCAGACCCUGUCAUACACGUUGAUGUACAACCUCUUCUCCACGACUCUGACAAUACGUCAUCAACUGCUAGCGUGACCAACUCCAUUCUCAAUUAUCGAUUCGAAAACGGGAGAACAUACCACGCAUACAAGGACGGAAAAUACUAUAUGCCCAAUGACGAAACAGAGAACAACAGACUAGACUUGCAGCACAAUCUGUUCCUCCUGACUUUUGACAACAAGCUUAGUCUCUCCCCGCCGAACCUUCCCGAAUUCAAGACCGGUCGGGUUCUCGACCUGGGUACCGGUACAGGCAUUUGGGCUAUCAACUUUGCUGACGAACAUCCCGAGACUGAGACGGAUGACGACUCAAACUCGAGCAGCGUGCCCCCGAAUCUAAAGUUCGAGAUCGACGACAUCGACGAGGACUGGACUUAUUCUCGGCCUUUUGAUUAUAUUCACAGCAGAAUGAUGAACGUCUCAGUCAAGAACUGGCCAGAAAAUCUUACGCCGGGUGGCUACGCUGAGCUCCAGGACGUCGAUGUAUUUAUGCAAUCAGACGACAACACUCUUAUCAAAGGUCAUGCUCUUCGGAAAUGGGGUAUUCUUCUAGCCAAAGCGGCCCAAGAGCACGGAACUCCUUUCAUAGAGACCGAUCGACUCAAACACCUUAUGGCCGAGCUUGGAUUCGUUGAUGUCAAGGAGACGCCAUUCAAAUGGCCGACAAAUCGCUGGCCAAAGGAGAAAAGAUUUAAGGAGCUUGGAGAGUGGAGCAACGUGAACACAGACGACCUUCUUGAGGGGGUUUCAAUGGCUUUGUUUACAAGGUGCCUUGACUGGACUCCUGAGGAGGUUAGCGUUUUCCUGGUUGACGUCAGGAAGGAUUUGAACAAUCCAAAAAUCCAUGCCUACUGGUCAAUCCGUUCAGUUUACGGGAGGAAGCCUGAAGCUUAG